GGAAAAUUUCGAUUUUCUUUCCGUUUUUCUCAUUUCUUUCUGACUAUAAAUACAGAAUUUAUAUCCUAAUUUUUUUUUAUUUCCCUAUAAUCAAAUCAGUGUCUCCUAUUGAGAAUCCUCUUUCCACCUACCACCUUGCCUAUUGUCUUGAUUCAAAGAACUCGUUUCCCAGUUUAACGGAUUCUAGGGCAACUUUCUCGUCAAAAUCCCUCUCAUUCAGAUUAAACAGCGCUUUUUUUUGUUGUCUGUGGAAAAUUAGGGCGUGAAUUGGCCAAAGCUCACGUAGAAAUUAAACAAACAUGUUCUUCAGCGGUGAUCCAUCUAGUCGUAAACGUGUUGAUUUAGGUGGUCGCAGCUCGAAGGAAAGGGACCGGAAGAAUCUGCUAGAGCAGACGCGACUGGAGCGGAAUCGGCGAUUGUGGUUGCGCCAGCAGAACUCUGCUGCACUCAGGAUUCAGAAAUGCUUCAGAGGGAGAAAAGUUGUUCGAACCGAACAGUCUAAGCUGCGAGAGAAAUUCCUUAGAAUAUAUGGGAAGAACUGCCAAGAUUUAGACAGGAAUGCUUUUGGUCCAGAUUCUGAUUUCCUCCGCCAGUUCCUCUAUUUCUUUAAUGCAGAAAAUAUUGAAGAUUUUUUACUUCUUGUGCAAAUUUGCCGAUUGCUUCAGCAGUUUGUUCAAGAGAGUGGGGAUGUGGUGAGACUUUUUUCUGGGGUGGAUUACUCAUCUGCGCGUGCUUUGGUAAACUACCGAGUGAAGCAAUUUGUAUAUACUUGUAUUCGUGCCGUACAUCGGAAUAGAAAUCAGCUGAAGGAUCAGCUGUUAUUGACUCCGAAGGAAUCUAAUGUAUCAGCUAUUCCUUUAUUAGAAGUUUUAGUAUUGUUGAUAGAUCCCAAACUGCCAUGGAGCUGUACGAUAGUAGGACAUCUCUUUCAAAACAAUGCACUCAGCCUACUUAGAGAGAUUAUUCUUACAGGAAAGGAUAAUGCAGAAAAUUGUAUUUACAGUGAAAAAGGGUCAUCAUUGGAGCGAGUGCUUACUGUUAUAAUAUGUCACAUUGGUCAGAAGCCAUGCAUCUGUUCACAUAUAGAUCCAAGAUAUAGCUUCUCAUCACAGAUCCUUACAAUUCCUUUCUUGUGGCAUGUUUUCCCAAACUUAAGACAGGUUUUUGCAAAACAAAGCGUGAGCCAACAUUACAUUCAUGAAAUGACAACAUUUGUGCCAAACCUGAUCAGUUUUCUGCCUAAGGAUAUAUCAGAUGAAUUUCCUACCUAUGCCUGUCUUCUUGGAAAUAUAUUAGAAACUGGUGGAAUUGCUUUGUCUCAACCCGACUGUUCAUUUGAUAUGGCCGCAAACCUUGCUGCUGUUACUACGUUUUUGCUGGAGGUGCACCCGUCUCUGAUGAGACCAAGUAGUAGAGAAAAUUCUAUGAUUGCUGAGGAUGAUAUGAUGGGUGAUGAUGAAAUCAUGGAAGUAGCUUUGAAUAGAAAACUGGAUCAACAAAUUUGUAAUGCCAUAGAUACCCGUUUCCUUCUGCAACUGACAAAUAUAUUAUUUAGAGACAUUUCACCUGCCAAUGGAUCAGAUUAUGGGCCAGAUGAUAGGGAGGUUGCAGCUGUUGGUGCAGUUUGUGGGUUUUUAUAUGUUAUCUACAACACAUUGCCACAUGAAAGGACUAUGACUGUGCUUGCCUACAGAACUGAACUUGUCCCUAUGCUUUGGAAUUUUAUGAAGCGAUGUCAUCAGAAUAAAAAAUGGUCAUCUUUGUCUGAGCAGUUGUCAUACCUCUCCGGUGAUGCGCCUGGUUGGCUGUUACCUCUAGCUGUAUUCUGUCCUGUGUACAAGCAUAUGCUUAUGAUAGUUGAUAAUGAGGAGUAUUAUGAGCAGGAGAAACCACUAUCACUGAAGGAUAUUAGAAGCCUCAUCAUUUUGUUGAGGCAGGCACUGUGGCAGCUACUGUGGGUGAAUCACACCUCAUCUUCUAAUUCGGUAAAAUCUGUUCCAGUUAGCACGACUAGUAAAAGGCAGGUUGAAGCCAUUCAACAGAGGGUCAGCAUUGUAGUCUCUGAGCUCCUGUCGCAGCUGCAAGAUUGGAACAAUAGACGACAGUUUACAUCCCCCAGUGACUUCCAUGCUGAUGGAGUGAAUGACUUAUUUAUCUCUCAGGCUGUAAUAGAAAAUACACGAGCAAAUGAAAUUUUGAAGCAGGCUGCUUUCUUGAUACCAUUUACCAGCAGGGUUAAAAUAUUCACGUCUCAACUAGCUGCUGCUAGGCAAAGACAAGGAUCUCAGGCUCUGUUUGCAAGAAAUCAGUUCAGAAUAAGACGAGAUCAUAUUUUGGAAGAUGCUUAUAAUCAAAUGAGUCAGUUGUCAGAAGAUGAUCUUCGAGGAUUGAUUCGUGUGACUUUUUUCAAUGAAUUCGGAGUUGAAGAGGCUGGAAUUGAUGGAGGUGGAAUAUUCAAAGAUUUCAUGGAGAACAUCACACGUGCUGCAUUUGAUGUGCAGUAUGGAUUAUUUAAGGAAACGGCAGAUCGCCUGCUUUAUCCUAAUCCUGGGUCAGGAAUGAUACAUGAACAACAUCUCCAAUUUUUCCACUUUCUCGGUACUCUUCUUGCAAAGGCUAUGUUUGAAGGUAUUCUGGUUGAUUUACCAUUUGCUACAUUCUUUUUGAGCAAAUUGAAACAAAAGCACAACUAUUUGAAUGACUUACCUUCCUUGGACCCGGAGUUAUAUCGUCAUCUCAUCUUUCUGAAGCAUUAUGAGGGUGACAUUUCAGAGUUGGAGCUAUACUUUGUUAUAUUAAACAAUGAAUAUGGAGAGCAAAAAGAAGAGGAGCUGCUUCCAGGGGGAAAGAACCUACGUGUCACAAAUGAGAAUGUCAUUACUUUUAUCCAUCUUGUAGCCAAUCAUCGCUUGAAUUUUCAGAUACGUCAACAAAGUUCUCAUUUCCUGAGAGGAUUUCAGCAACUUAUUCAGAAGGAUUGGAUUGAUAUGUUUAAUGAGCAUGAACUUCAGCUUCUGAUAUCAGGUUCGCUUGACAGCUUGGAUGUUGAUGAUUUGCGGCUGAAUACGAACUAUGCAGGAGGCUAUCAUAGUGAGCAUUAUGUGAUUGAGAUGUUCUGGGAAGUUCUCAAAGGCUUUUCCUUGGAAAACAAGAAGAAAUUUUUGAAGUUUGUGACAGGUUGCUCUCGGGGACCUUUGCUUGGAUUCCGAUAUCUUGAACCUUUGUUUUGCAUUCAAAGGGCCGGUGGUACCGCUACUGAUGAAGCUCUUGACCGACUACCUACAUCAGCUACUUGUAUGAAUCUACUAAAGCUUCCACCUUAUAGAAGUAAGGAGCAAAUGGAAACCAAAUUACUGUAUGCCAUAAAUGCUGAUGCUGGCUUUGAUUUGAGUUGAAAGGAAAGCACUGUAAUUCAUCAUAUCUUUAGGUUUCCAUUCCAGUGGAGGAUGACUCUCUAAUAUACUAUCCACAGAGCGACAUAGAAGACAAAAAAAUAAAAAUAAAAAUAUCGGAUGGUAUAUUGAGAACUGAGAAUAGGAAUGUCAUGUAUAUAUAUUCAUUUUUUAUC